AAAAAAAAUGUACAAGUCAAAGCUGCAAGAAUUGUGUCAAAACAAGAAAUGGGCACUUCCAAAAUAUUGUUGUAUGAGAGAUGGAGCAGAUCAUAAUCCAAAAUUCAAAGCUUCUGUUGUUGUCAAUGGCAUCAAUUUCGACUCUCUACCUUUGCGCAAAUCAUCAAAAGAAGCACAUAAUGAAGCUGCUAAGUUUGCUUUUCUUCACUUUACUAAUGGUGGUUCACUUCCAACUGCAGAAGAUAGCAGGCUAACAAAAAUUGAUGCAAGUCUGCAGGAUAAAAGUACUUCUGAGAUCAAGCAAGGUGGUUCACUUCUAACUAUAGAAGAUAGUGGACUAACGAAAACCGAGGAAACAUGUCAACAUCUGCAGGAUCGUCUUAAUACUUCUGAGAUCAAGCAAGAAGAGUCUCAUUAUCAGUACAAGACGAAGCUGCAGAUGUAUGCAAAAAGGAAAAACCUUGGUGUACCUGUGUACCGCAACAAAAGGAUGAGUUCAGCUCAAGGUCUUUAUUUCGAGGCAACUGUGACAGUGGCUGGUGAAUUGUUCAAAAGUCCUGGAGCAUACAAGAGUUCAGAGGAAGCAGAAGAAUCUGCUGCACAGUUUGCAUUAAUGAAACUCGUAACCGUUGCCUUAGAAAAGAGUAAUACCGGCAGCUACAAGAGUUUCCUGCAAGAACUAGCACAACAAGAAGAAAUUUGCUUGCCUAGAUAUAAAACAACCAGGGCCGGUGAGCCUCAUAAUCUGACAUUCUUCUCAAGUGUAGAAAUUGAAGCAGAAAUCUUUCACGGGGAUGGCGCAAAGUCUAAGAAACAGGCAGAAGAAAAUGCUGCCAAGGUUGCUUAUACAGCUUUAACAAAAUGCAAAUCCAUAUAUGCUGGUAAUCUUUCAACUGUUUCCGCGGAGUUGGAAGGUGAAAUUGUCAAAACUGAACCUAUCAUGGAAUCACUGUCCAUUUCCAUUAGUCAAGAAAAAUUCAGAGAUGAAGAGGAGAUAAUUUACUCUAAACAUACAUCUCCAAAGUCCAUAGGUGCUGAUAAAGUUAAUGCAUCUUCACUUACGCUUGGCGUCCAAGAGCUCAGUGUCAACGAGAAAUCCCCUUCUUCAGUGGAAUCAUUGCACCAUUUGCCUAGUAAAACUACACCAUCCAAAUUUCCUACUGUCUUGAAUGCAAAUUCUAGUGCGAGGAGGACUGCAGAAACCAAAAGUUACCUCCUUUCCAACAGGUUCAGAGUUUACAAAUCCAUUCCAGACAGGGUCCUCCCCACGGGUACUAUUGUACUUCCUAUUGCUGAAGAUAAGUGGGCUGUUGUGAGCUUGGAAUUCCUCAAUGAAAAAUGUGGCUAA